CUAAAACACAAAGAACUGGCCAUAGAAGGAAGUAGAAAGGGGAAGACGAAACCCUCACAUUCUUGCUGAAAGCUACCAGCGUUUUCCGUGAAAAUCAUGUAUGGAGGAGAUGAAGUGUCUGCUAUAGUUGUGGACCUGGGUUCCCACACAUGUAAAGCGGGUUAUGCUGGCGAAGAUGCUCCUAAAGCUGUUUUCCCCUCUGUGGUUGGAGCUAUUGAUCAGAUGGAUAUUGAUGAUCCCGAUGCUGAAAACAAUGCUUCAUCUGCCCUAGAUUCAAAGAAACUCAAGGAAAAAAGAAAAUUGUAUGUGGGAUCUCAAGCAUUAGGGUUCCGUCGAGAUCACAUGGAGGUGCUAUCCCCUAUUAAAGAUGGAGUUGUUAUGGACUGGGAUAUAGUGGAGAAUAUUUGGGACCAUGCCUUCAGGGAAUGCCUAUUGAUUGACCCCAAGGAGCAUCCGAUGCUUCUUGCCGAACCAUCUUCUAAUAACCAACAACAAAGAGAAAAGGCAGCAGAGCUUAUGUUUGAGAAAUACAAAGUGCCCGCGCUAUUUUUGGCGAAAAAUGCUGUUCUCACAUCAUUUGCUUCAGGGCGUGCUACGUCUUUGGUUGUGGAUAGUGGUGGUGGUUCAACGGUCAUCACUCCAGUACAUGAUGGUUAUGUUCUUCAAAAGGCCGUACAAUCUUCACCUGUUGGGGGAGAACUUCUUACUGACUGCCUGAUGAAGAGCUUGGAGAGCAAAGGGAUUACUAUAAGACCAAGGUAUUCUUUUAAAAGGAAGGAAACACGUCCAGGAGAGUUUCAGAUAAUGGAUCUUGAUUUUCCAAACACAACGGAGAGUUACAAGCUAUACUCCCAGAGGGUCAUUGUCAGCGAUAUUAAGGAAUGUGUUUGUCGAGCACCAGAUACAUCAUACGAUGAAACAUCCUAUUCAAACAUUCCAAUGACAUCUUAUGAGCUUCCUGAUGGGCAAACUAUUGAAGUUGGAGCGGACAAAUUCAAGAUCCCCGAUGUUCUGUUCAAUCCAUCUUUGAUUCAGACUAUUCCUGGUAUGGAGAGUUUUGCUGACAUCGCUGUUUCUGCACGUGGUUUACCGCAAAUGGUUUUAGAGAGCAUUAACAAGUGUGACGUGGACAUCCGCAGAGAAAUGUUCAGUAGCAUAUUGCUUUCUGGUGGCACUGCAUCAAUGCAACAGUUGAAAGAACGUCUAGAAAAAGACUUGCUUGAGGAGUCUCCCCAGGCAGCUAGAGUUAAAGUAUUGGCUAGUGGAAACGCAACAGAAAGAAGAUUCAGUGUUUGGAUAGGAGGGAGUAUAUUAGCUUCUCUUGGGUCAUUCCAGCAAAUGUGGUUUUCCAAAUCCGAGUAUGAGGAGCAUGGGGCUUCUUACAUUCAGAGGAAAUGCCCUUAAUAACAUGUCCAGUUCUCCUUUUAAGAUUUGAUUAGGAAAAGGACAAAAUCAUGAACCUGAUUUUAGAGCAUUUAAACUCUUGAGUAGUGAUUUGAUUAUGUCUGUUUGUAAGUGCUAGUUAUUUGUUAAUGGAAGGAAACCUAGGGCUGUAGAAUUCAUAAGAAACUUAUUAUUAUUAUUAUUAUUUGUGUAAAGACCCAAGGCAACUCUUCUCUCUUUGGUUAUAACUUAUGUAGUAAGGAAAUUAAUCUUGUAAGCUCUCUUUUGGUAUCUCAUAUUAUUAUCCUCUU